GCAACCACCAAACGCAAAUAGCCGGUGGCUCCUCCGCCCGCUGCCGCCCGGCGCACGCUGGGGCUCCAAUUUCCCGGCGUCAGCCCCCGCCGCCGCUCAGCUGUCGUCCCCCUCUGCCCUGUCACUCCUCUGGCCACCGGAGCGGGGCCGCUGCCGCCCUCCCCGCUCGCCCGGCACGGGGCCCCGGCACCGGCCGCCCUUCGGGGGCUUCUCCAGCGCAGGGGGACACCUCCAAAAACAGGCAUGACGGAAAAGGAAGUGCCAGAGCCACCAGCUUCACCUGCUUCAGGUGGGAAACCCAAGAGCCGGCAGCUGCAGAAGCUGAAACAACUUUUCCAGCGAAAGCCCAAGGAGGAGCCGGCGCCGGAGCCGCAGCCCAACGGGGAGCUGGUCAGCCCCUCGGGGGGACCCAUCUUCUACAUCUACGAGGAUGAGGAGGAGGAGGAAGAGGAGGAGGAGCCCGAACCCCCUCCCGAACCCGAGAAACUUGUUAAUGACAAACCUCACAAGUUCAAAGAUCAUUACUUCAAAAAGCCCAAAUUCUGCGAUGUUUGUGCCCGCAUGAUCGUCCUCAACAACAAAUUUGGCCUGAGGUGCAAGAACUGCAAAACAAACAUCCACCACCACUGCCAGUCCUACGUGGAGAUGCAGCGCUGCUUCGGCAAGAUCGUGAGUGUCACCCCCCCGGGGGGGGACCAUUCCCCUGCCCCCCCAGCAAACAGGAGCGAUCCUGUGUUCGAGACGCUGCGCACGGGAGUCAUCAUGGCCAACAAGGAGCGCAAGAAGGGGCAGGACGACAAGAAGAACCCCUUGGCUGCGAUGAUGGACGAGGAGUCGGAGGCCACGAAGCCGGUGGGGGGCAAAGCCGAGGGUGGUGCCUCCGAAGGGGACAAGAAGGCUGAGAAGAGCCCGACAGAUGACAAGAGCAAGAAGCCGCAGCCCGGGGGGUUCCUGCAGUCCCACUAUUUCGUGGCACUUUAUCGCUUCAAAGCCCUGGAGAAGGACGACCUGGACUUCCCGCCGGGGGAGAAGAUCACGGUGGUCGAUGACUCCAACGAGGAGUGGUGGAGGGGGAAGAUCGGUGAGAAGGUCGGGUACUUCCCCCCGAACUUCAUCAUCCGGGUGCGGGCGGGCGAGCGGGUGCACAAGGUGACGCGUUCCUUCGUGGGCAACCGGGAGAUCGGGCAGAUCACGCUCAAGAAGGAUCAGUGGGUCACUGGUCACCGUGGGGGUGCCGGUAGCCCGCAGUGGUCACUGGUCACUGUGGGGGUGCCGGUAGCCCCCAGUGGGUCACUGGUCACCGUGGGGGUGCCGCUGAACUGUGGCUCCCCAGGAUCUUCCCUGGCUCCCCAAAACCCCCUCGGCAGCUGGGGGGAGGUUUUUGCAGCAGCGCUGGGGGAUGUGGAGUGUGGGGGUGUCAAGGGUCUGGGGGAAUCAGG